CCACAAAAACCCAAUCCUCAUCACAAAUCCACACAUCUUUUCUCAUCUUCGUCCUCCUCUCCUCAGAGACUCCUCCAUCUUUGAAUCGGAGAUUGCGGCGGAGAGAUAAAAAGAAAACAUCAACAACAACAAAAAAAUUAAAAUAAAAUAAAUGACAGGAAUCUAUGUGUCUUUAUUCAUAUCAAACUUUUCAAACGUAACAUCGCACUUAUCACCGACGUUUGAUAACAACAUCCCUUCCUCCAACAACUCCAAGAAGAUCGCACCGAUUGAGAAAGUCGUCUCUUUAGUCUCUCGAACCGGUCGAGAUCUUCAACGUUACAGUACCUCAGGUCAUCGCCAAGUCGUCGGAUGUGUACCGUACAGAUACAAGAAACAUGGUGGUGGAGGAGAAAGAGAGAUCGAAGUGCUUUUGAUAAGUGCACAGAAGAAAGGGAAAGGUAUGUUAUUACCAAAAGGAGGUUGGGAGAUUGAUGAAUCAAUCGAAGAAGCUGCGUUGAGAGAGACGAUCGAAGAAGCUGGUGUUACGGGACAGCUCGAAGAAUCACUUGGGAAAUGGCAAUACAAAAGCAAAAGACAUACAAUGGUUCACGACGGUUACAUGUUCCCUCUGCUUGUUAGUCAGCAGUUUGAGAAGUGGCCUGAAGCUGAAUUCAGACAGCGGAGAUGGGUUUCUUUGUCUGAAGCGAUUGUGUUGUGUCAGAACUCGUGGAUGAGGGAAGCUUUGGAAGCUUUUAUUAACCGGAAAUGUCAGACCAACGAAUGAGAGAAGAUAAUGUUUAGCAUAUAUGUGAAGUUUAUUAGUCUUAUGAUUUGAUUUGAUUUGAUUCAUUCAUUUUGUUAAUAAAAGAUUUAGGGUUUAGAUUAAAUCACUAAUUGUUUUGAAACUUUGGCUUCACAACAUGUGUAAUGUGUACAUAUAUAAGACUGGAUCAAUCUUCUUAUAGUU